AUGAGAUCGCUAUAUUGUCCGUGGAUAUCGCCCACAAUCUUGACUGGGGCGCUUAAUUCCAGGAGUGUUGGUUGGCUGAGGAAGAUUUCCCGUGCGGUGGAGCAAAUCAUCUGGAUUUCGGUGUUUUUGAGGCAGAUAGCCUUGGUCCGCUUGCCGGAAUACCCAGCGUCCAAUAGUCGUUGGAUCAGGUCCUCGAUGUCCAGGGUGACCGACUCCUGUGUAGAUGCAAAUUCCACGGGUCUGGACGAGCCGGACUUGAAAGACGUGGACAGUGGCGACGGCUGUGGGUCGGGGAUAUCUAUAGAUUGCGACUGGUUGGGCACUGCGGAGGCCAACGACGAGGACGAAUUCACCCUUAAAAUCGGCGACUUGGGGGCCACAGAUAACAUGCUGGGCGGAACAUCGAUCGACAGGUUGUUCAUGUCUGCGGACAGCUCAUUCAUGCUCUUUGUUGAGUUUCGUCUGCUCAUCACCGGAGACGACGAAACGGUCUUAAAGCUAGCGUUCUCACUCACAGACCGACGAGACCGGAUCGAGCGACCGCUCUUGACGGACGUCGACGUGUCUGUUCUGGAAAAUUGCGGGUUUUUCGAUUUCGAUGGUUCGUUACCCAUUAUAAUUGUAUAA